CUGCCAUUAUUAAUCCUCCGCCCGCGCGCCUGGCCCGGGGAGCCCCGACGCGCCCGGAGGAGCGGACCACCGGCGGGUCUCCCCUUCCUCCCGCCAAGCCAGAACCUUCUCGCAAGCGUAACUUUGCUCAAGAGUCUUAACUUUCUGUGUCUGGAUCCUGAAUUGUGCCAAAGGACUUAGCUGUUGUAAAGGGAUUGUGUCUUGCCACCCUAGACUGGGUGAAACACUGAAAUUCUUUGACGAUAGCUUAUAGACAGAGGAUCAGUGAUUCUUCACCCAACAUGGAAAUUCCCAGAUCACGAUGGUCUUGAUUUAGACAUUGAAUUGGAAAGAGGGACUCCAUGAAAGAUGACAGAAGAAGUUAUUGUUAUAGCAAAGUGGGAUUACACUGCACAACAGGACCAAGAACUUGACAUAAAGAAGAAUGAACGCCUCUGGCUGUUAGAUGAUUCCAAAACAUGGUGGAGGGUAAGAAACGCAGCCAACAAAACAGGAUAUGUGCCAUCAAAUUAUGUUGAGAGGAAGAACAGCUUGAAGAAGGGUUCCUUGGUUAAAAAUCUGAAAGACACAUUGGGUUUGGGGAAAACAAAGCGGAAGACGAGUGCCAGAGACGCCUCACCGACCCCUAGUACUGAUGCUGAGUACCCAUCUAACGGUAGCAACGCCGAUCGGAUUUAUGAUCUGAACAUCCCAGCGUAUGUUAAAUUUGCCUAUGUGGCAGAAAGGGAAGAUGAACUCUCUCUCGUGAAAGGAUCCCGAGUCAUUGUUAUGGAAAAGUGCAGCGAUGGCUGGUGGAGAGGGAGUUACAACGGACAAAUUGGAUGGUUUCCUUCAAACUACGUGGUAGAAGAAGUCGAGGAAGCGACUGCCGAUUCGCCGAGUUUUCUCAGCUUGAGGAAGGGAGCCUCCAUGAGCAAUGGCCAAGCCAUGAAAGUACUUCACGUUGUUCAGACAUUGUACCCCUUCAGUUCUGUCACAGAAGAAGAGCUCAACUUCGAGAAAGGCGAAACCAUGGAAGUGAUAGAGAAACCUGAGAAUGACCCGGAAUGGUGGAAAUGUAAAAAUUCCCGAGGGCAAAUUGGCCUCGUUCCGAAAAACUAUGUAGUAAUCUUAAGUGAUGGCCCUACAAGUAACAGUUCCCACCCGCCUCCGAUAAGCUACACAGGGCCCUCUACUACGGGACGGUUUGCAGGAAGAGAAUGGUAUUAUGGGAAUGUUACUCGGCAUCAGGCAGAAUGUGCUCUAAACGAACGGGGAGCGGAAGGGGACUUCCUUGUCAGAGACAGUGAAUCUUCGCCCAGUGACUUUUCAGUAUCUCUAAAGGCAUCGGGGAAGAAUAAACAUUUCAAGGUGCAGCUGGUGGACAGUGUCUAUUGCAUUGGGCAGCGUCGAUUUAAUACUAUGGAUGAGUUGGUGGAACACUACAAAAAGGCUCCUAUCUUCACCAGUGAACAUGGGGAAAAGUUAUAUCUUGUGAAAGCACUUCAGUGACGUUGAAGAUGGACUUGGGCCUAUUGGGGGCCUCUUAUAACUUACAAGCCUUAGGUCCUAAAUUCACUUUUAUAGAGCAGAGCAGUCUACGCCAGUCUGAGACAGUCUUCAGAGAAUGACCUCUUUCUAAAGUAUUUGCUCUGUUGAUUAUAUUCUUUCUCCUUCGUUUCUCCACCCCGUUUUUCUCUCUCUCUCUUUUUUUGCUUACUUGGUCUUUUUCCCCCUCUUUCUCGAAAAUUUGGUUGCUUCACGUUUCCCUCAGGUUGAAAAUAUCACUUAAGUGGCCAUUCUUCCCUGGGUUCUACGCUCCUCUCUUCUGUGUACGUUUACAUAGUUAGUUCACAUAAACAAGGGGUUUUUUCUCAAUUAAAAAACAGUGUUAACUUGUUCAGAUAGCUCACGCUGGCAGAACUCAUCAUUAAGAGACUGGGCACAGUUUGAAUGCACUGAACCUGCAGCUAACUAAGUGAAAUAUAGUAGACAUAACAAUUGUGGCUGUGAGUUCUGUAGCUAUUUUGCUUACCAAGUAGUAUACUCCAGAAAUUCCUAGUUUCUAGAAGCACUCUUUACAUUCUCUACUCAGCUAUUACAUUGCCUCCUUGAUUCUUUGUGAAGAGUACACUAACUAAAGCAUUUUGUAAUAGUACUUCUUAAACUACUACGGUAAAAAUUGUAGUAAUAAGAAAACUAUCUAGCAUACUUUGACAUGUAAUUGCAACAGAGAUGUUUCAUUGAAAGUUGAUUACUUAGAGAAUCAUUGAAUUGUAAUGGUUGAAUGUUUUGGUAAUCUACAACCAAAUGUGCCAUCCACAUAAUGCUUUCUUUUCUUGCCCUUCUGCUUGUUUGAAUUAAACAAUUAUGUAUUUAAUUCUUAAAGUAAUAUGUAUCUGUAGCUGAUUGACACUAAUACAGACAUUUAAUAAACAUAGCUAAUUAUGGGCGGGUGGGGCUUCCAGCACAUAACAUGCAUACGUUUUAUAUAUGCAUAACGGAACAAAAAUUCAGGGUUUACAAACGGUGAUGUGAUUGGUAGUAAGACACACAGAAUGUUAUAUGAAGAAAAUGCUUUCUUUUUCCUUUUUCUUUACUUUUAACCUUCUUAUGGUUUUAAAUAUAGUCUUGAUGGCACAUUCCUGAAAAUUGAAAAGGAAAAAAAAAAGGACCUUGAUGAUCCCAGAAACUUGCUUACCCAGCUUUUUGGAUAUUGUAAUAAAAAAGGUAUCAUGUGAAGAUGGAGUAUUGAAUUUAUCCUUGGGUGAUGACCUUAAGAGUCCUAUAGCAUGAUGAAAUGUGGUUAAAUGUCACGAUUUAUAUACUGACCGUGAGAUUUAGGUAGUUUGAUCAGAUUGGCCAAAACAAAUUGCAAUGUUCUUCUUGUAUUUAAAUCUUGAAUUCAUGCCAAAUGUAUGGACAGUUGCUUUGUUUGAUUUCUUUGAAUUCUAAUAUAAUACUAACAUUGGGGAACUGCUGCCUGUAGUCAAAGGGCCUCUCGCUGCAGUAGUCUUUCAGGUUCUUUUAACUCAUGUCAGCAAUGGCCAUUGUACCUGAUGGUCUUUUCUAUAUGUAAGUUACCUUCUCAAGAUGAUUAAAAGCCCACCACUCUUGAAUUAGUUCCAAUAGGCUUAGAUGUCUUUAGAAUGGGAUUAGACAAUUUCAUGGGGAAUGGGUCUAUUUGCUGCAGUGGCUAAAUGGAGAAUCCAUAUUCCAUCCUUAUUCCUCUGGACACUGGUUGCUUGUGCAAAGGAAGGAGGACAAACCGGUAGCGCAACAUGAUUGCCUUCAAGCCCUUCUUGCAGGCAUCUGGUUGGCCAAUCUGGCAAAGGAAGAUGCUUGACUAGGAUGGACCUUUGGUAGAAUCCAGCAGAGCAGCUGUGACAUUCAUCUGAAUUUUACUGGGACACAGCUCACUGGAGUCACCCUAGAUUCUGGCCCAGAGUAUGUGUGUUAAACAUAUUUAGGCCACAGUAAUUUAUUCUGAAGUGCUCACAUUGAUGCUGAUAGAACUUCCCUACAGUUGAAGGAAGGCUGGAUGUUUACAGCCUUAAACUUCAGUGGUGCUAAAUAGACUUGAGUCCAAGUAUGAUCACCGUUCUUAUGUGCCACAGCUGUGAAUGUGCUCCAUUGCCAAGGGUCAGGAACAAAUAAAUUUUGAAGCCAAACCAGGAAAUUGCCCCUUUAGCCUGGCAGAAGCUGGUGGCAGGCACAUGAGAAUCAGUUGACAGGGGAUCCUUUUCUCCACACGGAAAAUUUCUCCCACCAUUAAAUGACAGGAUUAAGCUAUACAUGCAAUAAACACUUUAGUGAAGACAAUUUCAGCUCAUCUGAUGUGAAUGUGGGUGAUCUAAUCUUAUGAAUGUCUAAUGUAUUUUGAAUAAGUUCAUGGGCUUCGUACAGAUGUAGAUCCACAGACAUUCACCAUGGUUUGUUUGUUUAAAAAUAAUAAUUCUAGUUUUAAAUUGUAUUGAUUUUAAGUACACUAUUUUCAUUUCAUUUUUUUCUGUAUUUAUCUGAUACAUUCUUUUUCAGUUGCUAUUUUAUAUUUAUUCAAGUUGAAUAGUUGAGUAAGCACUGUAGUUGAGAAUAUUUAUGAAUGAGUAAGAAUGCAAUGCACCAAAACUUUCUGAUUCAGCCCUGUUGAACUUUAUUGCAACAGUGCUUGUGUAGUUCCUUAUUAAUUAUGUUGAACACUUACUUAAAAAAAAACCCUUUAGAGGUUGGGGUACUGAACUCUUCAAACUACUUGGGUUGAACAGGAUGCAAUAAGUUUUAUACAAUGAGCUGUUGUUCUCCAUGUUGCUUUCUAUUUCAAUACGACAAAAUGUUUGCCUUUGUUGUUAAAAUGCAUUGAUUGAUUGAGCUCUUGAUAGUGAGAUGUGAAUCCUUUUUCUUCGAACAAUUGGUAGCUUAAUUUAUCGCACCUCAAAUGCAAAAUAAAUAGCUCAGAUUAUUUCU